AUGUCUUCGGGCAACAGAGGUUUGGUCUCCCCCUCAGGUGGGCCAAUUGUAUGCUGCGGACAUUUGAAAAAGCUGAAAACCUUGAAGAAGAAGUAUUUUAUCUUGAGGGGCGAGGCACCGGGAUAUCCCGCUUGUUUGGAAUAUUAUGACAGCAAGAAGAAGUUCGAAAGCAAGCAGUCGCCUAAACGCAGCAUCCUGCUGCACAGCUGCUUCAAUAUCAACAAGCGCGUCGACACGAAGCACAAGCACGUCAUAGCGUUGUACACGAAGGACGAAUGCUUUUGUUUGAUUCUCGACAACGAAAAGGAACUGAAUGAGUGGUUAAAAGCAAUGCUGCUCCUCCAGAGCGGCGAUGUUCCCGACGGAGAACAGCCUCGCCCCACGUUCGAACAUGUGUGGCAAGUUACUAUGCAGAAGAAAGGACUUGGAGAACGAAAAAAUAUCAAUGGACCGUAUAGGUUAUGUCUCACAGAUCGCACUCUAAGUCUAGUAAAAAUUGGAGCCCAAGGCAACUCUGAUUCCAUUGAAUUUUCUUUAAUCUGCAUCAGGCGGUGCGGUUAUAUGGAACGCAUCUUUUAUAUGGAAGUUGGUCGAUCCGCAGUAACGGGAGGUGGUGAAUUUUGGAUGGAAGCUGAAGAUAAUAACAUUGCGCACAAUAUGCAUGCUGCAAUAUUAAAUGCAAUGAGUAAUUCCAAUACCUGUAAAGACGAGGUUGGGCCUCGUCAAAGGAUGCGUAGUUCCUCUGCGAACGAAGCUAGUAAACCCAUCUCUGUGCUUCAACGACGGCAUACAGGGCAAAAACUUCAUAGCUUCUCGCCUCUAGAGGAACAAAGGACGUGCAAGGAACAGGUGGAUCCGUUGCAGGAACAGACCACUACUGCCUCUGCCCCCGCACAGUGUAGUCAAUCUCAGAGUACUUCUUCCAAUACAUUCACGGCCGUUGCCGGUACCGGGGCUGGGACUGCUGGGAUUGCCUCGAUUAAUGUCAACUGUGCCACUGCUACUAGACGUCGUCAUUCGGUAGCAAGUCAUCCCCAUUCCGUCAAUAAUUCCCAAUCCGCUCAUGUCACAACAAGUACAACUACUACAACGACAACCAUCACCAUUACAACGACCGCCACCGCAACCACUACAACCACAACCGCAAUAAUAUCCCAUCAGAGAACCCUGUCGCUGCCCUUAGCUGCUGUUAUUAUCAAUCAAACGCAAUCAUCCAAAAGAUCUGUUUUACGCUGUACCACCGGACGUGACAGAUGCGACAGUUUGCCAUCAAGAGCUCGGACAACGAGCGAAUGUCAUCCAGGCACGGUUGUUUUGAGUCAUCCUAGAAGUUCUCAUUUCAUAUCUCACGUACCAAGACCUCACUCUAUGUAUGGACGAGGUCUAUCUUAUUCUCCGCCAGUUUCUUCAAUGCCGAUCAGUCCAGCCUCAGGAGCAUGCUCGACCGAUUCAGCUGGGUCUUCUCUUUCUAUGGAGGAUGGUGGUGAAAAUAUCUUAGAAGAAGGUACCGGCUCGAGAUACGGUCAUUCUUUGACUCCUGACGAGCCGGUUAUUUUAGAAGAGAAUGGUGACGAUUAUGCUCCGUGGUCUACGACGCAUUCGCAUCAUAAAUACUCGUCAAACUUUAAAUCCCAUUCUCCAUCACAGCAGAGUUCCUAUGUAGAAAUGUAUAGUCCUUGUGGUUCGAGUCCUGGACGUAGUGCAGCUUACAUGCCGAUGAGUCCAGCGACGACAGCUCAUUCCCAUUCUCGCGCAUCGUCUCUCGUGGAGGAGACAAAUGUUUUACCUGAUGGUUAUGUUCCAAUGGCGCGUGUUGGCGAUGAUGGUUAUGUAGAUAUGGAUCCAUCGACCAGUCAUAAUGGUCAUUUCCCGGAUGACAUGUCGCAACACGGUGGUAGCAGUUGCUCCGUAACUUCCGGCACACCUAGUACAGAUUUACGUUUCUCCGAAUAUCACUUAGAUAAAGUAACCAGCUUCCUUGCACCAGGGGAAGAUCUGCAAGCUAGACCAACUAGGGCAUAUUCAGUUGGAUCUAGACCAGAACCGACUAAUAAGCAUCGUAAAAAUAGAUUAGAUAUUACUCAGCAGGAAGCAAGUAGAGUGAGAGCAUUCUCUGUAGGCAGUCGUUCAAAGAGACCCGAACUUUGCAGAUUAGCUAAUAUAGUUACGACUCCUUUGCCAUCUAGUUCGGAUAAUUCCAAUUCAAAUAAAUCAAAUUCAGCACCCUUAUUAUCCAGUUCUUGGGGUCAUAAUUCUGGUUGUUCUGGUGCCUCCGAGCGAAUGGAAGAUCUUAUGGAAUUAGACUUUACGAGACAAAGCGUUCCAGCUACUCUUUCCUCUCCCCCUUCUUCUUAUUCACAGUCACAAUCACAAUCACAAUCAUAUUCUACUGCCACCACCGAUACUAGUUCCUACGUCGAUAUGUCUCCUGGACAACCGCCUACAUCGACCACUGCCUCGUACGUCGACAUGAGCGGCUUAAAUAAGAUCAAUCGUAAUAAUAACAAUAAUUCUAUCACUGCCAAUCAGAACCAUAGUCACAUUCAUGUAUCAUCUUCGGCUUCUACACACAAACCCGUCAUAACGACCUUAAAACCGGUGGAAGAAGCAGAGGGUUUAUAUAUGAAAAUGGACGGUAAUAUGGAGGAUUGGUCACUAUCAGGCGCAAGUCCCAAACAAAUUCCAUCUCCUAUGCAGGAAGACUGCAUUCAAACGAACGGUCCACCAGGCGGUGCAAGAACAGCUCCGGUUGAUUUACCUCAGCCUAGACGACCUCCUGAAGGAUACGUAGAAAUGUCUUUUAAGGCUAGGCCAAGUUUAGAACAAGAUUAUAUUAAUAUAAGUAUGGGCAUGAUUGGACGGAACAACCGAAGAGUACGGGUCAAUAGUCGCAAGGAAAAAUCACGUUCUCAGCCAAUCGCCAUUCAAGCUGGAAGUAAACCGUCAAAAACUCCCAGUUUCUUACCUCUUAACGGCAGCCCAACAUCGGAAAGUCUAGCGAGUACACCAGCUUCUCCUCCGCGCGCUACGCCUACUGGCUCAUCGGCUACUAUUUUUCCCUUUUCUUUGAAUAGUCCUCAAUCUCCUAUAAAACCAUUUACGCAAAAACCUGAUGACUCUUCAAGGAUGGAUAUGAAUGACUCGAAGAAUAAUGAUUAUGAUACGACGAUUGAUAAUACGAUGAAAAAAGUUAACAACGUUAAUACUGUUUCGAUGGCGGAUACAAAUAAUUCACUAUCAAAAAUCAUUAACGACGAACCACCUAGUCCUAGCACAGAUCCAACACGGAUUAUAUCAAACUCGUUAUCAUCACAAGAAUGCUCGUUGAGUUCAUUAACAAAAAAAUUUGCCGAUCUUACGGUAUCGAAGCCACGAUUAGUUACUGCGUCACCUAAUACUAGUCCGACGUUAUCAAGUUUUAAAACUGCUGUGCUGCAACAAAAAUCAUCAUCGCCAAAAUUCAUUGACGAAACGCCGAUACAAACGCCCACGUCUACUCCAACUCCCACGCCUAGUCCUCUGGAUAAUGAGGGUUACGAGAAACUACAACCUGGUGCAACUGUUUUGCAUUAUGCUAGCUUGGAUCUACCAGAACUUGCUAACGUGGCACCCGUAUCGCCCGCAUCUGUUCAGGAAGGUUUCAGUUAUGCCGAGAUUGACUUUACAAAACUGAAACAAAAUUAAUGCAACUUUCAUGACCAGAAGCAUGCCGUUGUAUUUUACAAUAUUUACAUCAGAGCUCUGCGUGUUCGCGAUUCUAAUAGUAAGCAGACAGUAUCUUUGACGGUUCUACCGUCAAAUUCUAUCCUAUAUUAGUUCGAUGAAAGUAAUUGAAUUCAUGCAAGGUUCCGGGUACCAGCUGUAUAUAAUUUAUUUCUUUUAUCCCAGCCUGAGAUAUAAUUGUUUAUCAGCUUUCGUAAAGCGUCUAGGAUUUCUUUUUUUCUUUUUCUUUUUCUUUCUCUCUCUCUCUCUCUCUCUCUCUCUUUUUUUUUUUUUUUAUUACUUGCACUUAUAAUUCUGGUAAAGCAUUUGGACGUCGUUAUUGUAUGAGAAGAUGUUUAUUCGUAUUAUUUUUAUGAAAAAAACAAAUCUAUUGCAUGUACAAUAAUGCAUGUGUAACGUAAUAUGCAUUAUUGUGAGAAAAACAUAAAUCUUGGAUCUGAUGUGCACAUGAUUGUGCGAAAAAAGAAUAACUUAGGCAGUUAUAGUUUAAAUAAUGUAUAUAGAAUUUGUUUACAGCAUUAUGACAUUCCAAGAUAGAUACUUUCUCAGAUUAAAAUCUUUUAAUUCAAGUUAAUAGUCCACAUGCAAUUUAACGUGAAGUAUCUUUUAUAUAUUUGGCUUUGGAAGUUGUAUUAGAUAGCAUACUAAUUUUACAACUUUUAGAUCUUUUGUGAAUACGUUUUAUGUUGGAAGAGUGUUGCAUGUCAUCAGUGUAAUUUUUUGUAAUUAUUUAAAAAAACAAAAAAAAAAGCAAAAAAAAAACAAAAAUUAUUUUUAACUAAUUUGUAAUUAUAUGUAACUAGUUAAUUAUAUAUAUCAUUUUUCUGGUAAGAAUGAUAAUUUUAUAAAUGUGUUACGAACUGCCGGAUACAUACAAUGCGACAAUGUAAUGACACUACCAGAAAUAUAAGAGCAUAAAUUGCUUUUUUUAACACUGUUUUCAAAUAUUUUUCAUAUAAUGAAAUAUCUGCUAAUAGGGCGUCGAUAAGUCACAGUAAUCUAUAUUACAGACAAAUAGACGUACCGUGCAGCGUGGUAUAUAUAUGUUAUCUGCUUUUUCGUAUAAAUUAUGAAAUAUCGGAAUACCUUGAGGUAAACCUGAAUAUACAAAUAUAUAUAUAUAUAAAUAAAUAUAUAUAUAUAUAUAUAUAAUGUACACAUAUGUGUGUAUGUAUAUAUAUUUCCACAUAUGCAUACAUAUUUACUGGGUAUUCUGUGAAAAAGGGUACAAUCGGAAAAAGUGGUGAUUGCUUGUUUAAAAAUAACUAGAAGCGGAAAAGAAUGAAUGUUUUUUAGCUUAAUAAACGUUCGAGAUCUUAAUUACACAUGUAAAAAGAAAAAAAGAGAAAAAAAGAAAUGAAGAUAGAAAUUUAGCUAUUAUUAGGUAUUCUUGUCUAUUGACUACGAUGACUAUAAAUUAUAUCGGCGCCGUUGAUAUUGAUUUGAUUAUGCAUUAGUUUCUAUAGAGUAUAUAUACGCUAUGAUAUUAUGCUUGUUAAGCUACAAGUAGCGUUAAAGAUUUUCGUAACUCCUUGCUAUUUUUAAUGUCACGUUGACGUGAAUCGUUUUUAAAUUGGUGAUCAUUUUUUUGUCGGUUAUACCUUAACUUGCAGUAUACCGCGUAUAUACAUAUGCAUCGUCCAAAUAAUGCUAUAAAUAUAUAAAUAAAUAUAUAUAUAUAAAUAUAAAUACUAUAAUAUUAAGUAUAACAAUAUAUUAAUAAAUAAUAAACGCGCAAUGUAUAUGUACAUAUAUAUCGCGGUCGUACGAUUACUAUACAUCCUUUAGAUAAUGUUUCCCAUAUACUUCUUUAAAGUUUUACACUUCUAUUUUUUGCAAAAGCAAAUAAUUUUAAUAUUUAAGUAUUUAAUAUCAUUUUGUUAUGUUUCUAUUUUGCUUCUUAGAUGAGACAUCUAGAGAUAUUUGUCGUACAUUUUUUUACUUUUUACUCGGCAAUUAUCUCCGAAUUGAAAUAUGUAAUUUUUAAUUUUUAGUUUAGUUAUCUAAUACAUUGCGAUUCGAUUCAUUUGAGAAAUAGAAAGUUGACUUCAAAUAGAUGUGUAUUUAUAUUUGAGUAAGCUUCGAUUUAUGUAAUGCGCGUAUUAAUGCUAGAAAUCAUAUAAAUAAACAAAUAUGUGAACAAGUCUGAUAAUA